GAGAAAAACGACGACCUUGUUGGAGUGAAGUGACGAGUAGACGUUUUGCUACGCAACAAAAUAUCGAUUUUCUUCGGUGAUGGCGCCAAUUCUUGCGUACUGGGACAUUCGAGGGCUUGCUGAACCGAUUCGCCUUUUACUUAACUACACUGAGACAGAGUUUAAGGAUGAGCGGUAUGAAAUUGGUGACGGUCCUGAUUAUAAGGCAGAAUCCUGGACUUCAGUCAAGUACACUUUGGGGCUGGAUUUCCCUAACCUUCCUUAUUACAUUGAUGGGGAUGUCAAGAUAACUCAAAGUAAUGCAAUAAUGCGUCAUAUUGCAAGAAAACAUGACUUGUUUGGCUCAACUGAGGAACAGAAUAUAAGAAUGGAUGUUGCCGAAAAUCAGCUUAUGGAUGUUCGUAACAAGUUUGUUGGACUUUGCUAUAAUCCAGACUUCGAGAAUCUAAAAGCUGGCUAUAUCAAGAGUGUCAAGUCCUCCAUUCAACAACUCUCAGACUUUUUGGGAGAAAGGGAGUUUUUGGCUGGAGAAAAGAUUACCUUUGUUGACUUUAUCUUGUACGAAAUGAUGGAUCAACACAGAAUUUUUGAGCCCUCUUUACUGGAACCUCAUAAUAACCUCAAGGAAUUCUUAACUCGGAUUGAGGAGUUACCUACCAUUGCUGCAUAUAUGAAGUCAGACAAGUUUAAGGCCCAUCCCAUUAAUAACAAAAUGGCAAAGUUCAAGUAAAUUUACAAAGAAGUGGGACGACAAAAGAUGUAAUGAAGAUCUAUCAUUCUGCUGUCUUGUUAGGUGUUAGGAAAGAAAAAUAAAUAAUGCUGUUACUUUCAACACA